AUGCCACCAAAAUCUACCGCUACCCAAAGCUUAGCAUCUACAAGUAAGUGUAGAAGAAGUGAAAGACUAAUUCGUAGGAUUAAAUCUGUGGUAAAAGGACAAUCGACAUCCUCAAAAAAGGAACAGCCGUCGCCCACGAAGAAAAGAAGAAGGCCAGCUUACAGUAAAAAGUCUGCAGUAAAAGGACAGUCUGCAUCCUCAAACAAAGAAGAAUCAACAGUUACUGAAAACAAACCCAGCAAAAGAAUACGUCUAAUGGAAAUGGGUGAAGUUACCGAUCGUGCUUCAAAAAUGGGACAAAAGGAACAAGAGAAUUUUUCUACUGCCAUCAAACAAAUCUUAAAAGAUUUGUCUCCUGAUCUUCAAAUUUCUAAGGAAGCCAUAGAUGAUAUGAAUAUUUUUCUGAAUCAUGUUUUCGAACAACUAGCUAGGGCAUCUGCAAUUUUUCCCUUAGGGAAAAGUACCGUUUCUACUCUCCGUAUGACUGUUAAAGACAUCGAAACUGCUCUUCCUAGUGUUAUACCAGGGGAACUUGGUAAGUAUUGCAUUGCUGAAGGCCGAAGAGCUGUUAGAAAAUGGACUGAAGGUGAAUAA